CUCAGCGCUUGGCUCCGCUGCCUCCUCUGCCUGCUGCUGCCCGGGGGAGCGGCGGAGGGGGAGCGCUGGCCCGGCCCCCCGGCUCCCCGCGAAGGUAGGCGGGGGCCGGCCGCCCAAGAGCAGGAGGGGUCUGGAGCUGGGGGCGCCGCCGCGGUGCUGCCUGGCUCAGAGGCGCGGCGGCAGCGGCGGGACAAGAAGGCGGCAGCGGCGGCUGCAGGCAGCCCGGGGGCGUUGCUGCUCGCUAGGCUCCGCCGGCUCUGGCGGGCUCUGCCCUGGCACCGGCCACCGGCGCCCCCUUCGCACCAGAGCCCCAUGGCCGAACUGCCGCCAGGGAGCCCCCAGGGCUCCGAUCCGGAGCAGCCCGGCGGCGCCAAGCGGAACCCGGAGCCUCUGGAGGAUGGGCCCGGCGGCGCCCCGAGCCCGGUCGGGGAGGCAGGCGCGGGGGAGCCGGGGAGCGGCCCGGUACGGAUCCAUGUGGCGGUCCCGGCGGAGGAGGAGGAGGAGGACGACGGCGGAGCACCGGGUCUGACCCUGCUGGGCGGGGGCAGCUGUAGCGAGGAUGACUCCGGCAGAUAUGGGAAAUCUAGUGGCGGGGAGAAUGAUGGUGAUGACUUCGACCAGGACUGGAAACCCCCAGAUAAUGAGCUGAUCCAGAAGCUUAUAAUACAGGUUGAAUAUUAUUUCUCAGAUGAGAACCUUGAGAAAGAUGCCUUCCUCUUAAAGCAUGUGAGAAGAAAUAAGAUGGGUUAUGUCAGUGUUAAGCUACUCACGUCUUUUAAAAAGGUAAAACAUCUUACCAGAGACUGGAGAAUCACAGCCUAUGCCUUGAAGUAUUCUGACAUUCUUGAGCUGAAUGAAGAUAGCAGAAAGGUUAGAAGAAAUACCCCAGUUCCAGUGUUUGCUAGUGAGACCCUGCCUAGCAAGAUGCUGCUUGUGUAUGAUAUCCACUUGAUUUCUGAGCUACAGGUUCUGAGCCAGGAGCAAGAAAAUGGAUGCAUGCAAGAAAAGAUGAUGGAGCAUCUUCUCAAGACCUUCGUUACUUUUGGUGCAAUCUCAUCAGUUCGCAUUCUCAAACCUGGUAAGGAUCUUCCACCUGAUGUCAAGAGAUUCAGUAAUCGAUACACCCAAGUUGGAACAAAGGAAUGUGCAAUAGUAGAGUUUGAAGAAGUAGAUGCAGCAAUUAAAGCUCAUGAAAUCAUGUGUAUUGAAAAGAAUAAUGAAAUUGGCAUGAAAGUUAUCCUGAUAGGUAUGAAGCCUCCAAAGAAAAAAGUUGUGAAAGACAAGAAUCAUGAUGAAGAUCCCAGCAAGUCUCUCAACAAAAUUAGAUCCCUGAAUAAGAGAGUUGAGGAACUUCAGUAUGUUGGGGAUGAAUCAUCAGCAAACAGCUCUUCUGAUCCAGAGAGUAAUCCUACAUCUCCACUGUCUGGACGCAAGACUAAUACUUCCAACAAGUUGAGCCCUACCACCUAUCAGAACAACCACCUGAGCCCUAAUGUUUCACCUAGGUCAAGUCCCUGGAAUAGUCCAUCAUCUUUGCGCAAAGUGUCCAAGAAGUCUCCACUUGCUAAAGAUGGCAAAUUUAAUCCUAGCACUAGCCCUGAAAUCUCAAGGAAAUGUGCAGAUUACUCUUCAGAUAGCAGUAUCACACCUUCUAGUAGCCCAUGGGUUCAGAGAAGAAGACAAGCUCAAACUGUAACACAAGAAAAAAGUCCAGUAAGUAGCCCAAUGCUUGCCCGGAAAAUACAAAAUGCAGAUGGGUUACCUGUAGGAGUGUUGCGGUUACCCAAAGGUCCUGAUGGUACUAAGGGAUUCCAUAAUGGAUGCGAAAGGAAUAAACCUAUGAAGAAUGAAUAAAUCUUGGGUAUUUUUUUAAAACAAGUUUCACAAAUCAAUUUAUUUUUGUUCAAGCCUGGUAAAAAAAACUAGCACUUAAGUGACUGAAUGAAGUCAGUAUUUAAUUUUUAAAGGUUUUGUAUUCACGUAGAGACUCAUUUGUAUAUUUGUAUUUGCACUUAAUCUGCAUUAUUUUUAUAUUUUUUUUUGUUUAAAAGAGCUGAACAUUGAAAUGUUACUUUUUUUAUGCCAGGUAUUUAAAACCAUUUAUGUAAUUGCAUUUUUGUGCAAAGCUAUGAUUCUGAACAGCAAUGUGUAAACACUUGAUAAUAUUUAGCUGUUGUACCAUAGCAUUUCAAAGCAAUACAUCACCAGUCUGUUUACUAAGAGGUUUGAAGGCUUCCUAUUUUCAGUAUGUUGAAAGGAACACUAAGCUGUAAUGUCAUGUCUGACUCUGUGUUUGCUUAAACUUCCAAAGAUGCUAUAUAAUAGGACCAAACUGUGUGUAUUUUCUGUGAUGUGAAUAAAAAAAUGCUGAGCAAUGAAAA